ACGUGUCUGAAGGAAUCGGACGGCAGCGACACUGAGGAUUUCUGUUCUGAUCACAGUGAGGAGUGCUUGUCAGAAGCCAGCUGGGAGCCUGUUGAUAAGAAGGAGACUGAGGUCACGCGGUGGGUUCCAGACCACAUGGCCUCGCACUGUUUUAACUGCGAUUGUGAAUUCUGGCUGGCCAAACGGAGGCAUCACUGCAGGAACUGUGGGAACGUGUUUUGUGCUGGUUGCUGCCAUCUGAAGUUGCCCAUCCCUGAUCAGCAGUUGUACGACCCUGUCCUCGUUUGUAACUCCUGUUAUGACCACAUCCAAGUGUCUCGUGCCAGGGAGCUCAUGAGCCAACAUCUGAAGAAACCCAUCGCCACAGCUUCCAGCUGAAUGCCAGACCAGGGACCUGUCUAAGCCCAGCCUUUUCUCUCGUGGGUUUGAAGGGUGACUCUGCCUCCACUGUAAUUGUGAAGGCCGUUGGUGCAACACUUGAACACCAAGCUUGAAUGUGCUGUCUUCAGCAGUCUUACUGUCAGUCUGGAGCAGAGGAGCUCAGAUUAGAGAGUAUGGAGUGUGUCCCCGCUCUGGUACUGGUGGGCCCGUACAUUGUAGUCUGACGACCUAGGGCUAAAGAGGGGAACGUAACCUCUUUCUUUUGUGGGCUGGAAAGCAACGUUUUCACAGAUACUGCCUGUGCAAAGUACCCCCAAAGCAAUAGAAAGGCAUGUUUAGAACCAACCCCCCCUACAAAGGCAGGCGCUGUGCGAGAAGGAGGAGGGCAGGCUCCAGGUGGUACCGUGUGCUUUGGAAGGGCCUCAACCUGGAGCAGUUCUGUAGAUUCUCUUUCCAUGAGUGUGAUUUGCGAUCAGCUUGGUGAACAAGACUCAUUAGCCAUCACAAAUCGAUUUUCUCUUGAGUGUUGAAGGGAAAUUCAUUCUGGCUGAAAACAGGCCGAGCAGAUUUUGCCCGUUUUCACACUCUGCCAGGACUGGUGACCACACUUGACUUUGCCCGUUGCCCCCGACACCGCGGGGAGGUGGGCGAUCGGCUUUUUCACUCCUGCUCUGCCCGUCUGCUUUGUCUGCGGUAGUGCCACGGCCCGGUGCUAACACAGGAGCAGCACCCUGAUCCUCUCCUGGCAUGGAAACAGAACUCGUGUUCCUGUGUUGCUCCUCCUCCCCUUUUCUGCCCUCAGAUCUCCACUUCCUACUGCUCUUUAUCCUGAAAACUUGAUACCUUGAGGGUAUAGGCCAUAAUGUGUUGUUUUACCUCCUGGAAUGUGCUGUCUGGUGUAUGUGAGGGUUUCAGUCCAAAUGCUGCUAUAUAUUUCUGUGCACUUAAUGUAACCCGAAGAAGGGAGAAUGAAGCAUCAAUACCAAAACGGGGCUGGGGAAGGACACUGGCUGACGUGGACACUACGACCUGUGCUUUUCACUUCAGGACGUACAGCCGAAGCUACAGCGAUAACCAUGACGUGUGGCAUCUGCUCAGUGGUGGAAACAAAUCUCUCUUGACUCGCCCCAGCGCUACCUAAAAUGCCUCUUGAAUUUGACUUCUUUUUUGUCUCCUGUACAGCGGUCAAAGUUCAGAGUUGCCAAUUUGUAGUUGCCUCUUUACUUCUGUAAACUAGAGAGCAGGAAUUCUGACUCA